AUGGCAGCUGCCCCGCUAGACAGCUCUAGCACCCCGCCUGAAACAACCUCCUCGAUUGAUUCGACGCGUCCCCUUGGUCAUCCCAUGGAAGAGUCGGAUCCUCAAUCCACCCGGAAACGCCCUCGUCUCGACAGUGGGAGUGGUACCUGUGAGUCUAGGUCCAUUCCCGACGAAACUGCCGCUACUCGAUUCCCCAACGACAUCCCGGAUGCUCCUGCCACAACGGGUCAGGACGCUUCUCCCUCCUCUCGCCCGGCCAGCCGAGUGGUCAUCAAGCUGAAGUCCCCUGUACCCGAUAACAUGGCGUCUAAGCCUGGUGACUCCCCGGUCGAGCAUCCUAGCGGUGGUGAUCUUCCUACUCAAUCCGCAGCAGGCGAGACCGGCCUCGACGCUUCCACCGCCAUAUCGCUAUCAUCGUCGCCUACACAGAGCCCAGAGAUAGAGGUGGCAGACUUGGAAGAUAUGGAUCAGGACCCAAAUACCUCCAGCUGGAAGUCGUUGGGGGAGGCGAUGCGCGAACCGGAAACCCCAGAGGUAGUGCAGCUGCAUGACCAGCCGCCGCUGACGGAGACGUUCCCGAGAUUGAUCAUUGGAAAUGAGCUGCGGGAAAAUCUGGAGGAGAUUUGUGCGAUUAUUGAGAAAGGCUCCCAACAUGAUAUCCCAGUAUUUCUUGCCGUGAAAGCUUGGUUCGACGACGUCGCGAACAAUCUGGAUCAGUUAACCCCUGAAGUGUUGGCGGAGGACCGGGACUUCUGGGAGGAGCUACCCACCGUCGUGGAUAGCUUGUUGCGCAGAGUCGUGGAGUUCCUGCCGGAUGAGGGGCGGGGGGCAUGGGCUUGUUUAGAAGAGUUCUUCCUGGAUUUCGCUCAUUUGGCGGUUCAUGUCAUUGACCUAGAUACCAUCUUCCUGACCCAGGCUGUGGACGACGCAGAGGCUCAGUUAUCAGACCCAUUGUCGAAAUCCUACCUGGUGUCACUGGGUUGGAUUCUGCAGCUGGCCAAUAUUCCGUUCUUCCGCACCAUGGAGAAUAUACACGGAUCGGACGUAGCGAAUCUGGUCGCUCGUACGAAUGAUCAGAUCGCUGCUGCGCUAGACAUCAUCCAUCACUUGUCCGAUCAUGCCGCCUGCGUUCUGAAUCUCAUUACCCGCUGGUCUCAACUUUCAACGUCUUUGAUCGCGAUAGUUACUAUCGUGCAUAAUUUAAUAGAUUCAGGGAACGAACGGCGCAGGUAUCGCGCGGAUGAUACUUUAAUAAAUUCCUCCAUUUACUCUCGCACUCUGAGGCGUGCUUACCCAUUGAUCCGCGCCGCAGACGAGAAAUACCAGUUUCACAUAACCAAAAAGUCUCCUUGGGUGUCGAGUGAGACGAGCGAAUCCAUGCUACGCCACAUAGCUUUCUCCUACACUACGCUAUGCGAUCGUGAUCUAGAGCUUGCUUCAAAAAUCGCUGAGGAUCUCGCGAUAGAACUGCCAGAAGAUGUAACACCCGAGGAUCGUUCAUCUAUCAUCUUCUACGGUUGGAAGUUUGGCGUCCUGAAGAAGCACAUCAUGGAUGGGCGCAUGGAGCUGCGUGUUAAUGGCGUGGAAACAAUGCAAGCAGAACUCGUCCAUAUCUGGAGGCAACAUAUCCACAGAAAUACCUCAGACACAGUUCACCCUGUGGUUCAGUAUCUUGUGGGCUUUCUACGACACAAUCGGAUCGUUGAGUACAUUGUGGGAAUUGAUUCUCACCCUCAGCUCAUCAGCAGAAGUGGGAACAUUGUCGGGUUCCUGGUCGUCACAGCUACAUAUACCGAUGCGGACACAGACACGAUAUGGGAGACAGUAACAGAAAGCCCAGAUCCUCGAACUGUAUCCGAGGUGUUAGGAAUGUUGAGCAAGACUUUCCAGAUGCAUACCUCGAAUUCGCCUGCGUUGGUCUAUGUGUGCUCGAAGCUGCUAGAUCUUCCGUUGGCGCGCUUUGACGCACGAAUGGUAGACUUCUGUGAACAGCUGCUCCACCAGGUGAGAGAAAAAUGCAGCGAUAGAAGUCAUCGUGAAUCCCAGGACCAGAUUCAUGUGGAUGCAAUUCCCCUGCGUCUGUGUGUGCGUUUGAUCCGUGAGAGUGCUGGUGCCAACGACUUCCCUGUCGAGCACAAGGCCCUGCUUCAGAAGUUCGCGGCUGCCCAGCUGAGUUCUUUCAUGGACAUCGGUCUGAGUGAGGUGGACAAAAUGGAGAUAUAUGAGCAGUGCCUUAAAGACAUCGCUGAGAUGAACCAGUUUACUGUUGGCAGCAUCCAGGCUCUGAACGCCCUUCUUCCCAGCAAUGAUUCUUUGGAACUCCGCAAGCUUGCCGAGGAAUUCGAUCUGACUCGCUUGGUGAUCACAGAGUUGGCUCAUACAGUGGACAUGAACCAGACCGACUUUACUGAUCCGUUUUCUCUAACCGGAUUCUCGUCAAGGGUCCAUAUGCUGGCCCGGAUCAUCAAUAUGGUCUCGGACUCAAUAACCCCGGACCUCGGUGAUCUGCUUUGGCGCAGAGUCUUCAUGUCGAAGUCUCUUGCGCAGCAGGGCAGACGCGCCCUAUGGGACAUGCUCUGCGGAACUACCCGGUGUAGCGCCCAAGCAAACUCAUUCAUUGAGCGCUGUAUUCAGGUCUACCUACCCGAGCUCUCGCCCGCUGAAGACUAUCUUCCGGAGGUUCUUCAGUUCGCGAAGCAGACAAUCAAUUAUGAGGUCCGGUUCAACCCCCCGUCAAUCGCUGGCGAGAACGAGGUGGUAGCGAUACCGGGAAUGGACCGGAUAUGGAGCUUUAUUCUCACGGCUCCCCCUGGUACAAUUGAAACUGACGCGAUCACUUUUGCAAUUGAGGUUUAUCUUGAUCAUAGCAUCAUCAACCGGUCUCCACGUUCGGCUGUUGAGGCUACCCACAUCGCUCUGGUGGACCGUUGUGUGGAUCAGCUCAAAUCUGCGGCGUCGAGGCUGAAGGCAUACCACGACAGCUCAGACACGGCUCAGGACGUAUCCAUGGACGCAGUUGCAUCCGAUAAAGAUGUCAAGGCGGAAGAGCUCAGAUUUAGCCGCUCAUUACUUUUUCUUCGCCGAUUCCUGCAGGGGCUACGGUGUCGUCCUCAGUAUAGUCCACCGCAGAGCUUGCCUCUUGAUUCACCCGGCAAACCGGUCCAGGGGGACGCAAUCGAUAUCCGCUACCAAACAUUCAAUGGAGGCACCCAGUCUAAAGUUCGCUCAUUGCACAUCGGGGAUUUGUCAACCGCUGCGGAGCUUGCAGAGACUCUCGUGCGGGUCACAGGUUUCACCAAAUUCAGUACGAUCUCUGGUGGACAGCGGAUCGAUCUUCUUGAAAAGCCUGGCAUUACCAUUCGGGACCUCAAACUCGGCUCGGGCCUACUUCUUAUCCGUCGGGACCCAGAAAGUCGUGAAUUGGCCAUGGCUGGUAGACGCCAAUCUCUGACCCUGGUUGAUUCUGAAGUACUGAAACACUUUGACGACCUUUACGAUCUCCUUGUCCUCCAGGAUCAUCUAGCACGCGAGAUAUAUGACUUUCUCAUCGUUUUCCCUCCCCAGGACAGGGUUCUGGAGUUGGUUAAGUCGACGGACAAGACUGAGGAUGAAAUGUUCCCUAUGGACAAGCCGUUCAGCCUCCUUUAUUCAGUCAAUGCGCUUUCAGUUUCGUUACGUGAAGAAACUCUCGAGGCAUCACCAAACCAAGACUAUGUAUCCCACAGCAUCCGCGUCCUAGUCUCUGCCUUGACACGGUCUGAGAUGGCAGAUGGCUUGAAAGAUAGCCCCACCAAACUUUUAUUUGCAACGCACAUGGUCGAGUGCCUCCUUUACGCGCUUCUGGUACGACCAGCUAUUCCUGGUGAAGCGCCGGUGGUCCCGAAUCCAACGGCAUUGGCUCAACGACUCUUCCAUUUUAUGGAAGUUGCGCGGUUUCUUCCUAUUUCUUGUUCUUCGGAAACAAGCAUUGCUAAGCUAAUCUGUAACUCGUUCGCCGUCCUGACCGAGGGCUCAGUUCGGGACCUAGAUUUUUGGGAGGCUGUCAAAGAACAGCCGCACUUUGAUGAACUUCUUUGCUCUCUUCUUCUGAAGGAACAUCGUCAGCCCAUCCGGAAAGGCAUUGCAGAGAACAUUGCUGUUACCUGUAGUCCUUCCAAACUACUCAGGAAAUCGACGAAGCCAAUUGAUUCGGAGACACAAGAGACACAAGACACACCAGCUCCUGACAAUGCCAUUCGAAUUGAGAUCCUUGCAAAGAUCUGGACUGCUUUUGACAAGACUUUCCCCGCAACGCUAGAUUAUGCAGCACAAUGUCAGGAAUUUCUCGAAAUUGCCAACCUGGUUUUCCGCUCCGUUGCUGAGAGAUCACCGCACGACCUUUCAUUCAGCCAAUAUCUGAAGCAAUGGAGCACUACCAUGCUGCGCCAUCGAACAGAAGAGUUUGUUGGUCGUGAGCCUGUAGACCAUCUCAUUUUGGGCUUCGCUCGUCUUCUGAGAAUAUGCCUGGAGCUGGCAAGUUCUAACGAUACCACAGUUGACACCUUCGAUCUCGCGGAGAGCCUGUUCGAUCAAUAUCUCUUCCCCGACCUUUCCUCAUCCUCCACCGACCUCAUUGUACCUCAAGUUCCUGUCAUGCACACCCAAACCAGGCAGGAGCUGUAUGGUAUACUAUGUCAGCUCUGCAGGCUCGAUGUGAACAACUACUCCACAAUCGUGGAGCGUCUUGAGGAUCUUAUUCCGCUAGGUCUGUACUCCUAUUACACCUACUCUCCUGCUUGGGGCUUCGACCGUUACAAAAUGCUCCGAUCUCCAGAAGGUUAUGCGGGGCUUAAAAACCUCUCAAACACCUGCUACUUGAAUUCCCUCUUGACUCAGCUUUUCAUGAACGUUGGGUUUCGUGACUUCAUGCUGCAGCUCAAUCUUGAGGACCCGGACGGCUCUCAGAAGCUGCUCUAUGAGACGAAGAAGUUGUUUGGGCACAUGCAGGAGACCUGGAGCAAGAGUGUUGACUCGCAGGCCUUUGUCGACACGAUACGCACCUAUGACAACGAACCCAUUGACGUCACUAUUCAAAUGGAUGUCGAUGAGUUCUAUAAUCUUCUUUUCGACAGAUGGGAGGCUCAGAUCUCAGACAACGAGAGUAAGAAAAGAUUUCGGUCAUUCUACGGUGGCCAGCUGGUUCAGCAAAUCAAGUCCAAAGAAUGCCCCCAUAUCUCGGAGCGCCUUGAACCGUUCUCCGCUAUUCAGUGCGAAAUCAAAGACAAAGCGAGCCUCGAAGACAGUCUACAAGCCUACGUUGAGGGGGAGAUUAUGCAGGGAGAUAACAAGUAUUCUUGCACAUCAUGUGGGCGCCACGUCGAUGCAGUCAAACGGGCCUGCCUGAAAGACGUGCCUGACAAUCUAAUAUUCCAUUUGAAGCGCUUCGACUUUGACAUGGUUACGAUGUUGCGAAGCAAGAUCAACGAUGAAUUCCAGUUCCCAGAGUUUAUUGACAUGAGCCCGUUCAAAGUUGAAUACCUUUCAGAUCAGACAGCAGAAGUAAAGGAGGACAUUUUUGAACUCGUUGGUGUCUUGGUUCACAGUGGUACGGCUGAAUCGGGCCACUACUACUCUUACAUCCGUGAGAGACCUACUUCUGGGACAGGGGGCUCCUGGGUCGAGUUUAAUGAUUCUGAUGUUAGCCGAUUUGACCAAGCAAAACUUGCUGACCAGUGUUUCGGUGGCCACAACGACCCCAUGCAGUCCUCGGCCAUGGGCCAGGUCCGGUUCAACAAGGUGUGGAACGCCUACAUGCUGUUCUAUCAACGUGCUUCUAGCAUGGAGGCAGAGAAGGCGGUCUACAAACCAACAAAGCCUCAACACCCUGUGGGCGUGCCCUUGCCCAUCGAACUCGCAAACCAUAUCGUGAUGGAGAACGAAAUUUUCAUCCGUGUCUACUGUCUGAUGGACCCAUACCACUCUCUCUUCGUUCGAUACCUGCUUUCCAUGAUUGUUGAUGAGCAGGGACCCAGGAGUGAUGCCAAGGCAAAAUUGGAUAAGUCUAUGAUAUUCAUUGCCAUGGAUACACUAGAACAAUUACUUUCGAGGUCAAGGGAGCCGUUGGGACUGGACGCAUUUGUGACACUGAUGUUCACAGUCAUUGCCGAGGUACCAAAGGCGGCUUAUAGAGUCAUGCAGUGGUUCGAAAACAAGCCGUCAGCAACCCGCAAUUUGAUUUUAAGGAGUCCCCAUCCCGCUGUCCGCAGCAACUCGAUAAGGCUCAUAAUCUGCUCCCUUUCGAAACUCCAAGAUCUUCAGAAAAACGCGGAUGAUGAGGAUAUCGAGAGGGAAAUUUGGAAGAUGAGAUACUCGAAUAGCUUUGAGAAUGUGGUGCGAACUUUGGAAAGCCUGUGGUCAACAUUGCAUACCGCGAGCCGCUCUUGGGAUGAUUAUUUCGAGUUCUUGUCGAUGCUUGCAAACUUUGGGCAAUACGAAGCUGGCAUAGUUCUCAAUAAUGGGUUCCUUCUCAAGUGCCUUGAAAUCGUCUGGCUUGACCACGAGGACUCCAAGCGACUGCGACGGCAGUACGCUUUCAUCAUUAAGUUCAUGGAGAAAGGCAGGCGCUUCUCAUACAGAAGACUCAUGGAUCUCCUAGCCUACCUAUUAGCACGCAUUGACCUCACUGUGCCGCCCAGUCAAGAUGACAAACGACGAACCUUGCCAGAUGGCAGGUACACACUUACAAUGUCGGAAGCCAUCUUUAUUCGGCCGCUGGGGAAGAGCAAUGAGUUGUCAUUUCUGACAACAGUUCUCACGCACAACAGCAGUCCACCGGCAAGCAGGAAUAUCGUUACUCUUUUUGUGGACGCAGAGCCUGAUGCUGGCCUUAUGGAUCCAAUCUGUAGGACCCUGGAAGAAGGCCUCAGGCUGGCACCAGCCAGUCUUUGCGCUCCAUUCCUAGAGGCAACCUUGAUAUUCUGUCGACGAGGCCCUGACGAGGCUAGAAUCGUCAGUCUGAUUGACUUUGUCGCCAAAGGGGUGGAUUCUAUCAAUGAUAGCGGUGGCAGAGAGCAUAUUGCGUUCUUCACAAGCGUUAUGGGCAGUCGCAACGAUCGGCUUGGACUGAAUGAAGCUUGGUUCUUGAACCAUCUCAUUGAUAUGGUCCCAGACUGGGCUCCUCCCUUGUUAACUUUCCCCGAUAGAGGGGUUCGAAACAUGACGCUGGACGUCCUUCGCCAGAUCCUGUUCAGCGGCGAAGCAGACGAGGUAGACGACGAUUGGCAGACACGUCAGGCCGAAGUAGCCAAGAAAUUGGUGCAUGCAAGCAUCAACCGAUUGCGGAAAGCAUACGUCAAUGUCCCGGGCUCUGGCAUUGAGCCCAGAGCUGUGGAGUCCAUUCGCACUGUGGUGGAACAUUGCCUAAGUACGUAUUUUGGUGACAGUGAAGAAGACCAGGAGGCUAUUCUACAAGCUCAGGAAACCAUUACAGCUGUCGAGGACCUGAUUGCUGACGUCCCAGAAGAGCUAGCAUCUGAAGAUUGGGAGGAUAACUCCGUCAUGGCCAGUGAUUCGGAGAUGGGGCUGGCAGGAUCUCCGUGAGACCUGCGUCCGGUGACGCC